AUGUUAGUAGUCAAGCAUCCCGUUAUGUUUAAUGAUAAUAGAAUUUAUUAUAAUAGAAAUAAAUUCUUGAAAAUAUAUGACAAAGAUGAUGACUCUCAAAAUCAUAGACCAAACUAUGAUCUUCGUUUAAUUAUAUGUCGACAUGCAGAUCGUAUCGAUGUAGAAUUUAGUGAUCAAUGGUAUGAUCUAGUUUUUGGUAGUAGUUCAUCAUCACGAAAUUAUCGACAUCCAUUAUUACCACAUCGAUUACCACAUCGUUCAGAUACUUCACUCUAUGUAUAUGAUCCACCAAUAACACGAAUAGGUGAACAAAAGUCCUUUAAUAAAGGAAAACAAUUAUCUAGACAUAGUACUUCUAUUGAUUAUUGUUAUUCAUCACCUGCUUGUCGUAGUGUUAUUACAGCAAGUUCUAUUUUACGUGGUAUGAAUAGAAGUAAAAUACCUAUUCGUCUUGAACCAUAUCUAUUUGAACCAAUGACUUGGAAUAUAGCAUUACAAGAAUUUGGUAUUUUGUCACCAUUUAUAUCAAAUAAUGAAUGGAAAAAAGCAGGUUAUAAUAUCGAUCGACAUUAUCAACCUCUUAGUAAUUAUAUAAAUCCAUAUGAAACUGAAGAAGAUUUUUGGUAUCGAAGUCAAGAAUUUUUUCAAACAAUUGAACAACGUCAUGGUAAUAUGGUACAAAAAUUUGGUCGUGGACGUAGAUCUCAUCGAGUUUCAAAUAUACUUAUUGUUGGUCAUGCAGCAACACCACCAAUAUUUUCUAAUAUUGCUUUUGAACAACCAUUCAAUGCUAAAGUCUUCGGACAACAAUGUAGUCAAAUACCAUAUUUAUAUACAAUUGUUCUUGAACGUAAUGCAGCAACUCAAAUAUGGAACAUACGACAUAUUUAG